UCCUGAUCUAUAUAUUGGCCCCUGGAGAAGCUUCCGGCACGGGCAUCCUGGCGCCCCCACCUCCGCGCCCGGCCCUGGACAAGUCCCGCGCCCGGCCCUGGACAAUCCCCGCGCCCGGCCCUGGGGCCCCAACGCCCGGCCCUGAGGCCCCAACGCCCGUGCCUCCCGCGCAGCUGGCCGCGCCAGGGCCGGCCCUCCAGCUACACCAGGGACGCGGCCCCAAAACCAGGGCCCGGUCUCCCUCCUCUCCCCGGCGCUGGCCACCAACACACCCCACCACGGCCCCAUGGCACAACCACUCGAGCGCCAGCACGAUGAAAUCGCGUCCCUCAAGUCCAUCUACGCGGACAUCCUCACCGACGUGACGCCCGCCAGCAAGGUGUGGAGCCGCGACGCCAGCCCGCACUUCCAGAUCGCGCUCCAGUCCCACGAAAACGCCCUGCGCCCCGUGGUGUCGCUCGUUCUCGACAUCGCGUUCACGCCCACGUACCCGUUGCUGCCGCCCAUCGUCAAGAUCGUGCGGCCGCAGAACCUCGUCCGCGCCCGCGUCGCCCUCAUCGAGCGCAAGAUCGACGCCGUCUUGAAGGAGUACCUCGGCGAGGAGAUCUGCUUCACAUUGGUCAUGGACGUCAAGGAGAUGCUCGACGACUUCCAGCAGACCACCGAGCAGGUGCUCUCGCUCGAGGAGGAGCGCGCCAAGCGCAUUGAACGGGAGCGCCUCGUGCUCGAGCUGCGCGAGAAAGAGGCGCUCCGCCAAGAACACCUGGCCAAGGCCAAGCAGACGCGCGAGGCCAACGAGCAGAUUCUCCAGAUGAACAGCGACGACACGGACGACUCGCGCAGCAGCGGGCCCGGCCGCGCCGCGGCUCUAGUGCCCCCGCCGUCGUCGGCGUCGCAGGUCUUUGUGUUUGACAACGUGCUCUGCGGCGACGUUCCCCACAGCAACCUGCGCUACCAGUUCCAGGCCGUGCAGGGCUUCAUCCGCUACGAGGGCAGGGACCUUCUCCUGGGUGUUGGCAAGCAGUACAUCGUCAAGCCCUACUUGCCCCCGGCAGAACAGGCGCGGCUCGACCUGCGCAACGUCACGGUGCUGUACUUGCUCACGGAGGUGGCGCUCGUAGACCGCCACUGGCUGACCAUGGCCGGCAAGGCCGACAUCCGGUCCUUGGAGCUGCAGCUCGAGGCCGUCAUGGGCCUCUCCUCGGACGCCGUCUUGAACGUGGUGGGCUUCCAGCUCGACCAGGACCCGCGCAGCACGGACUCGUGGACCAUCCGCAUUCUCACGGACUUCGAGCCGAACCAGCAGUCCGUGCUGGACAUUCUUAUGGCGGCCGGCUCCGUCAACUGGUCUCUUGCGCGCACGUGGUUGAUCCAGUUGCUCCCGGCCUUGGAGCACCUCCACAACGUGGGCCUCGCCCAUGGGCUCAUCUGCCCGCAGAGCGUGGUUCUCUGCGACUCCCGCCUGGGCGUGGACGGCGCAGACCUCCGGCUCAUCAAGCUCUGUCACCCCACGUACGCAUUGACGCUACUACGUAUCGCCCAUAUGCGUGGCGGCAGGCAACGCCUGCCCAACUUCACCGACGACUUCAUACCCCGCCACUGGACGGAACCGGACUCCUCGGCCACGAUGGCCAGAUCAGACAUCUGGCAGUUGGGUGUUCUCUUCAUGCGGAUCAUGCUCGAUUGCAACUUCCUGGAGCCUGAAUUCAUCACCCCCGACGCGUUCUUGAAUGACUUCGAUGUCCGGAAGUACUCGGGCAUCGAAGAGUACGCCGAGAGGGUCUACGACUUACUCCGGAAGAUGGUACAGCCCAAGGCUUCCAAGCGGUCCACGCUACUCGAGCUCAAUGCUCUGAAGUUCUUCCGAGCCGGCUUUGACACAGACAACGAAACAAUCGUGGACAAAAGCAAAGCGCUUGCAGCUGCGCUGUCCGAAUUGGGCAGCAAAGGCCCCAUUGGCUCGUCCCGCUAUCAAAAGGCCACUCUCGAUGCCGCAAGACGGAAUUCCAACCCCUCUGUCACUCGAAGAUACUCCAACCAGACUGGUGCAUACAACACGUUCAACGCAAGUGGCUUCUUCAGUAAAGGCUCUGACAAUUACCCUCAUUCACAGAGCGAUCCUAAUACCCCGGAGUCCCGAUAUGCCCGAGAUUUCGAGGAAGUGGGAAAGUUGGGAAAGGGAGGAUUUGGGGAGGUUGUAAAGGCACGCAAUCGGAUGGAGGGCACGUUCUAUGCCAUCAAGAAGAUCAAACACAAGCAAAAUAAGCUCGAGAACUUGCUCAACGAGGUCUUUUCCUUGGCUCGAUUGAACCACCAGUACAUUGUCAGGUACUAUGGCUGCUGGGUCGAGGAAGCUCCUCGCUUUUCGUAUGGCAAUGAUAGUGCCAUUGCCUCCGAGGAAGAUGACGAAAGCGAUUCAAAUAGCUCCGGAAGUGAUCUUGAUGACUUUGAAAGCCCUUUGAAUGUCAGAUCGCCUUCAUUCAUCAUGAGUCAUGACAGCUCAUAUCAAGUAGAUUACUUCACAAACUCUGUGGCUCUGCUUGACUAUGACGAUGACUUCGACGACCGUAUCGUGUUUGCUCAUAGUGAUAACAGCAAUAGCAGCAGUGAAGACGAAGAGGAAACUCAGCUGGAUGAAUCUGAUUGCGAGUCGGAUAUGUAUGCUUCCUCAGAGUCGGAAUCAAAAGAUGCCAUUUCCAAAAAAGACUUUCGAGAUGGAAAACAUCAAGCCAAAUCUAUACUCUACAUACAGAUGGAAUUCUGUGAGAACAACACAUUGUUGGAUUUGAUUGAGAGGGGCCUUCCUGCAAAUCCCAGUGAAUACUGGAGAUUGUUCCGCCAGGUUCUCGAAGCUGUCUCUUACAUUCACAGCUCAGGAUUCAUCCAUCGUGAUUUAAAACCAACAAACAUUUUUAUCGACAAAUCAAACAAUGUUAAGGUUGGUGACUUUGGAUUGGCUAAAAACUCCCAAUUUUCGUCUGCGCUUCUGAAAAACAACCAGGUGUCUGCUGGAAACCAGGAUUUGUCAACUGUUGUCGGUACAUUCUUCUACACAGCAAAGGAGGUGGCCAGCGGUCAAUAUGACGAAAAAGUUGAUAUGUACUCUUUGGGAAUUAUCUUUUUCGAAAUGUGUUAUAUGCUAGGAACGGGCAUGGAGAGGGCAAUGAUUCUCAACAACAUGCGUUUGGAGGAAGUUAAAUUUCCCUCGGACUUCUCGGAAAAGAAAAAGUCAACGGAGAAAAAGCUCAUCCGAGAGCUCUUGAAUCAUGACCCUUUUAAAAGACCAGGCGCAUCAGAAUUGCUACAAAGUGGUCUCCUUCCUGUUGAACACCAAGAUGUUGUGAUAAGAGAGGCACUCAAGUCUUUGGCAGAUCCUGCAUCUCCUUGGCAGCAGCAGGUAAGAGAGACACUAUUCAAUCAGCCAUAUCUGCUAGCCCGUGAUAUAAUGUUUGAUCGUGUGAGCAAGAAUUCACAUGGAGGUGUAAUGGAACCACAAACAGGUGACUAUCUAAUCUUCAACCAAACUCUAACAGAAGUAUUGAGAAUAUUUCGAAACCAUGGUGCCUUACAAGAAUUUAGUGGAAGUUUCUUACUACCCAAAUCUCUGAUUCAAACAAAAGAACAUGUAUACGAGCUUCUUGAUCGAAGUGGUUCCGUUUUGACGUUGACUUACGACUUAGUCUUACCCAUUGCCAGAUUCUUAAGCCGAGAAGAUACUCGAGUCAAAAAGUGUUUCACCCAUGAAUUUGUAUACCGCCCAAACCUUAGGGGAACAGGAAAGCCUGAUAAAUACAGUGCUGUGGCCUUCGAUGUUUUUUCCCAUACUCCGAAUUCUUUGAUUUCAGACUCUGCAGAAUGUCUCAAAGCAGCGGAUGAAAUUUUGGGUUCACUUCCUUGCUUCAAGAUGAAAAAUUCACAGUCACAUAUUGUCAUUAAUCAUCUGAAUAUUUUAAACAGCGUGAUUGAUUUUGCAUUUGGGACCUCACACUCACUUUCGCAGAAUCGAAGAUAUGAAUUGAUGGGUGUUUUAUCUCAACUCGGGGUUGAACGUGGUGCAGAAGAAAUCAAAGCUUAUUUGAGAAACGAUUUCAAGAUUCAACACACUGUUGUUAAGGAUUUGAUCGAUUUGUUCAACUUCACUGUUGAGCCUGAAAAGGCGAAGCACAAACUCCGCAAGAUCAUGGUGGAUUCCCCCUUGCUUCAGAAGGUGGAGAAAGCCCUCAAUGAUUUGACAGAUAUACUCGAGUUCGCAAGAAAAUUGGGCAUAUCUUCCAAUAUCUUCUUUUGUCCCUUGAGCAAUUAUAAUGCAAAGUAUUAUGAUGGUGCUUUCAUGUUUCAGGUGAUUUAUAGAGUCGAGAAAAACAAAAAGUUCUCGAGAAUUGCAACUGGAGGACGGUAUGACAGUUUGAUUGAGCAUUUAUCAAAUGAGGGGCCCACUAAACUCAAAACACCACAUGCUGUCGGGUUUCAAUUGGCCAUGACUCUUUUAUUUUUAAUCAUGAAGAAUUCGCGGUGGAGAAGCUUUCUCACCACGGGGACUUCGAAGGCAACAAGCAAAUGGAAGCCGGUCAGGUGUGAUGUGCUUGUUGUUAGUAUGCAAGAAUCAAUAAUCAAAGAUGGUGGAUAUGAGUUACUCGGCGAUAUUUGGGCACAUAACAUAAGUUGUGAUUGGUACAUUGCGUCUUCCCAGGAGGAUAUGAUGAACAAAGCUGAUGCCGACGGUUGCAAUUGGAUUGUUCAUUUGAAGCAGACCAUUAAUCAUGGCCGCAAAUCUAAAAAAGGUCAGUAUAAACCUGUACGUGUCAAGAACGUACAGCUCAACAAAGACACUGAUUUGGACUAUGACGAAGUUUUGAAUUUUCUUGAGAGCGAAGUAUCCGAUAGAGACACCGAUUUGACAAGUUCCAUCCAGCAAGUCAGUGGAUCAAGUGGACCAGAUAACUCAAAAGACGUCAGUCAAGUCAGCCACCGUAUUGGAGAGCCUAUUUUCAAUUUUGAUAUUGACCAGAGAGUUGUGGUGGUCCCCAAUCUUGCCAAAGGCAAGAAAAGUUACAAGCGCGAUAAAUGGGAGUUGGAAAAUGACUCGAAAUUAGCAUCUGCAAACAUGCUAAAGGAGCUAGCUAGGGCACCUAUCUUGACAGUUGAUCUGAGUGAUGCAGUUCUUGACAUGAUUCUGUCAACUUCGUUACUUGUACAACAGGAAGAAUGGUUGAAGCGUGCGUUCGCCAGUAACAAGCAACUUCCAAGAAGUUUCGGAGUUAACAUCUACGAGACAUUAAAAAAAGAGGCUGAGAAAGGUACGAGAUGGGUUGUCUUACAUGCACCAAAAAGUGACAAAACUACAAUUGUGGAUUUGCAUAAAUGAUUGAUGGUAAUAUAUCCGGAACCUCUGCCUGUGGAUGAAUGAAGUCGUCAUGAUGUAUAACGCAGCAAAUUUGUUUGUUUGUUUGUUUGUUUUCCCUUUUUAUUAGAAUAUUUGGCUAAUAUAGUUCACCAAAUGAGCCACCAAUUAGAGUAUCAGAUAUUCAAAUUUCUUCUUCCAAAGCCAGUACUCUUCAAGUCGUGAUUUG